CUCGUCUACGAAAUAUCCGAAUCGGUACAAUUGAGCAUUCCCUAUAUUCCAACAUUUUUGGCCUAUCGUGAAGUGGACUCGUACGAGCGCCUGUAUACCCAAGCCACUCGACGCCACGCAAAUCAACUACCCCAUAUACUCAUGGUGGAUGGCAACGGAACGCUUCAUCCACGCGGAUUCGGUUGUGCUUGUCUUGUGGGCUAUCGACUGAAUUGUCCCACGAUUGGGGUGGCCAAAAAUUUGUUGGAAACGGUAGAAAAUAAAUUUACGGAUCCAUCGUUGAUCAGACCUAAAUGGUCUGUAUCAGAUAAGGUUAGUGUGUUUUCACAUCAAGUUAAUUUGUACCAACGUCUUGCAGUACAUAGAUGGCUUUCCUGCAAUUUCUACAAGUUUUAUUUUACUCUGUUGGUGGUGACUUUUUUUAACAGCGUUCCACACUCGGGUUAA